AGUGGCCCAAUAUAGCUCCUAUUCAUAAAUAUCGAUUAAACAACAUUUCAUCGUCGAUGAAAAAAUGAAAUCACAUCCAUAUUUGCGGAUAAAACGUCAAAAGUCAUAAGAAAAAGCCAAAUAGUAUAGUAUUUCGUUAACGUGUGUGCACGAGUUAGUAAAACUGCUUGAAAAUGUCUGGUCGUGAGGGCGGAAAAAAGAAACCACUGAAGGCACCUAAGAAGGAGAGUAAGGAGAUGGAUGAUGACGAGAUUGCCUUCAAGAAAAAACAGAAGGAAGCACAAAAGGCACUGGAACAAGCGAAACAACGUGCUUCACAAAAGGGUCCAUUGGUAGGAGGAGGCAUCAAGAAAUCGGGAAAGAAAUGAUACUACCGCAGGCAUAUUAGUAAAUCUUAUAACGUACAUAGCUACAUAAAUGUUGCACGUCGUAACACAUGCGAAACAAAAAAAAUAUAUAUAUGUAAAAUCGCCGAGGAAAACCAGACUUUAUUUAAUAAAUUUUUGUAAAUAAGAAAAA